AUGAAGAAGCAGAGUGACUUGGUGAAGGGAAAGCACCAAGAUGAUGAUGGGCUUUCUGCUGCCUCCUGCAAGCAGAGGGACUUGGAGAUCAUGCAGCAGAAGCAGAAAGAGACAAAUGAAAAGACGGAGGACCCAGACGAGGCAUGGUAG